AAUUGUAAGAAUAGAUAUAGUACUUGUCAUCAACUAGUUGAAAACGACGCAAACGUUAUUAACCGAACAGGUAAGACCAAGAGUUUUUCACCGAUCAGUACGCGAUGCCACCACGCCGUUCGGACCGCAUUCGACUAGAUGCUCCGCCAUGAGCGGACGAAGCGCGCCAUUCGACUCACUAGUGCACAGCUUCUCCGACGGACGCGAACUACUAGUGUGCGCCCCGUGACGACGGGAACUGUAUCUGUUGCUAUCGCAUCUCAACCGACAAUAGCGCUGUCAGCGACACGGUCGGUAGGAGCCAGGGCGACAUGCGAACAACGGCCUUCGCGUGCGAGCAGACACCAGGCGGGACAACGGCCGCGGAAUAAGGAUACAACGAUCUAAUAGGCAGGUCGGGCGUGGCGCAUGGAGCGAGCCUUCCAUG